UGGGACGGCAACGUGUCUACAGCUUUGAUUUCGGUCAGUCGAGAAUGUGAGCACGUUCCGGUAUAACGAUAGCGCACCACAGUGUUUGAACAGUAAACAAACUUUUUGCUAUAUAUUGUUGUCAAAUUGAAAUUUAAAUACACUCAUAUCUACAUACAUAAAUACAAAUAUGUCUAAUAAAGUGAAUAUUUAUGUUGUUGUGUUUGUCUGUCUUUCAAUCGCGGCUGGACAAAGUAGCGCCGUAUACUGUAAUAACGGCAGGGGUGAGUGUAAGGAGUUUCAGUAUUGCCAUUCGCUUUACAAGAAUUCACCAAUCGACGUAAACUCCAUACAUUAUUGUGAUCUAAGCUCAGGUAUCGUCUGCUGUCCACGAACGGAAUUUAACUUUGAAACGCGAUUUGGGACAGAUACGUAUGCUGAAAUGGAACAAUUUCCAGCUUGUAUGGAGUAUGCAAAAUUUGCACCCAGUACUUGUUCAGGACCACUGAUCUAUGGCGGUGUGAAAGCGAAGCCAAAGGAGUUCCCCUCGGUCGCACUACUCGGAACAAAAGAUAAUAAUACCGGUGCAAUAGAUUGGUACUGUGGUGGCACUUUGAUAAGCAGACGAUUUGUCAUUACGGCAGCCCAUUGUUUUCGAGUUUCCACCAGCAUAAAUAUCGUACGCUUAGGCGAAUUAGAUUACAAUACCACCAAUGAUGACACACAAACGCAAGAUUUCAAUGUAGUGCACGCCGUUUUACACCCAAGCUACAAUUUAGACCGAUACAAUGAUAUUGCACUCAUCGAACUGGAUCGCGAUGCAAUACUUAAUGAAUAUGUCAUUCCCGCUUGUUUGCCACCAAAAACAACUCAGGAUACAAGAUUCACAGCUGUUGGUUGGGGUAAAACCGAAAAGGGGGACGCAUCAUCACAUCUGCUCAAGGUGGAAUUGGAUUUGUUUACCGGCGAUCAGUGUGCUAAAUCUGUGCCGGUACAAGAAAAUCUGGAAAUGGGUCUUAAAGAACGCACGCAAAUAUGUGCCGGCAGUCAUAAGCAUAACAUUGACACAUGCAACGGCGACUCUGGUGGACCGCUUUAUGUGCGGCAUAAAAGUUAUCAUUGUAUGCUGCAAUUGGCCGCAAUUACUUCAUUUGGUUAUGUGCAGUGUGGCACUGCCGACAUCCCUAGUAUUAAUACAAAGGUGAAUUUGUAUUUAAGCUGGAUUGAGAAUGUCGUAUGGGAUGUGAGCCCACUAUAAAAUACAAUUGAAUACGAUAGUUUUAUAAAAAUUUAUACAAAACCUUUAUUUUUUUAAAUCUAUGCGUAGAAUACACCCAUUGUAAGCAAUUUCAAUAAAAAUAAACUACUCUGAGUCUAAUAUUGAAAAAAA